ACAAUGGUUUUGGAGGCACUUGGAAGCCUUUCCUUGCAAUCACCACUACCCACUAAGCAACAAAUAAGGAUGCUGUCUUCUUUUGUUAGGGCAUUUUUGGAUUGGUGCUGUGCUUGAAAAUGAUACCCAGUUUGGCCAGCUCUUAUUCCCAUCCACUUCGCUUACUGACAAAAUUCAACCUAGAGAGAGAAACAAACAAAGUUUACUCAAAGAGAAAAUCUAGAAAGAAAGAGACGGGGGAGAGAGAGAAUGGGAGAGAGCGGGUUCUGUUACCUCUGUAUUUCAGAAAAUACCAUAUUCCUCUGAUUCUACCAAGGAAAAACAAAUUGAUGACGACAAAAGCAACCUCUUGUUUUGUCACACGCAGCCAUGGAAAAAUCCUUUAACACAUGACCUUUAAUUCCAAUACCCACUUUGCAUCAAAACCCUGCAUAAAUCUGAUACCCUCUUUGAUGGAUUAAGAGAUUGAGUGAGUCGGCAAGCUUUGAAAUUUUCUCGGGGGUUUUCUGGGAUUUUGAUCAAUUUGAAAACCCAGUUGGGAACUUAAUUAAAGGUGGUGGUGUACUUGAACAGUUCUCAAGGAGGAACGUUUUCUGAUUUUCCAUUCCAAUUGCUCGGAACUUGCUCGUAGUUAUUUAUGGCUGGAACGUUUCAAGAGGAUGGAUCUUCUUUAAAUUCUUCACCCCUCUUUCCAUGGAUGUCACUAUCUCCUGGGUCCGGAUCACCAUAUGCCUGGCUCAAGGAGCUGAAAACUGAGGAGAGGGGUUUGUACUUGAUACAGCUUCUUCAAGCCUGUGCUUACCAUGUGGCUGCUGGUAGUAUUGAGAAUGCUGAUAUUGGCCUUGAGCAUAGUUCCCAUCUUGCCUCUGCCGAUGGCAAUGCAAUGCAGCGAAUUGCUGCAUACUUCGCUGAGGCACUUGCUGAUAGGAUGCUUAAAGCCUCACGGCCUGGCCUGCAUAAAGCUCUCAAUUCAACAAAAAUAUCAUCUCUGUCUGAGAAGGUUUUUGUUCAAAAACUCUUCUUCGAGCUCUGUCCGUUCCUAAAGGUUGCAUAUGUGAUCACAAAUCAAGCGAUUAUAGAAGCUAUGGAGGGGGAGAAGAUGGUUCAUAUUAUUGACUUAUAUUCAUUUGAACCAGCCCAGUGGAUUGAUUUUCUUCAGACAAUAAGUGCAAGGCCAGAAGGCCCACCCCAUUUGAGAAUUACAGGAAUUCAUGAACAUAAAGAGGUAUUGGAGCAAAUGGCUCUUCGGUUGACUGUAGAAGCCGAAAGGUUGGACAUCCCGUUUCGAUUCAUUCCUAUAUUGAGCAAAUUAGAGGAUCUUGAUCUUGAAAGUUUAGGGGUAAAGACAGGAGAAGCACUUGCUGUCAGCUCUGUACUUCAACUACAUUCUCUUUUGGCUGCUGAUGAGGAAGUCCUCAGAAGGAACUCUCCAUCGUUAUCGAAGAGCCUGCCCAAAGUUUUCCAUCUGGACCAGAGGACUUUACGAGAGUUCCUUGAGAAGGAUCCGAUCAAUGUGUACAUGGCCAGUCCUGAUUCUGCCUCCACAUCAUCCCCAUAUUCUCCAAGUGCUUCCCCAAGAAUGAGGACCUUUCUAAAUUCGCUUUGGGCGCUCUCCCCAAAACUAAUGGUAGUGACUGAACAGGAAGCAAACCACAAUGGUUUUACUUUAAUGGAGAGGGCUAUUGGAGCAUUGCAUUUCUAUGCUGCUCUCUUUGAUAGUUUGGAGUCUACUGUGUCAAGAUUACCGAUAGAGCGACAAAAGAUUGAGAAGACACUUUUUGGAGAGGAAAUUAAAAACAUCAUAGCAUGUGAGGGAGCAGAGAGAAAGGAGAGGCACGAAAAACUUGAGAAAUGGAUUGCGAGGCUUGAGUCGGCCCGUUUCGGGAGGGUGCCUUUUAGCUAUCACAGUAGGUUGCAGGUGAGUAGACUUUUGAAGAGCUAUGGUGAUAAUGGGUACAAUAUCAAAGAUGAGAAUGACUGUUUGGUUAUCUGCUGGAACGAGAGGCCCCUCUUUUCGGUAUCAGCCUGGAGAUUCAGAAGGUGACACUGAGAUUAGUUGCUAUGUUGGGACUGACUGUUUUUUUUCUUCUUGUUCCUUUUUUAUUGGCAAGUGCCGUUUCUUCUACUGCUUCAUGCUCUCUUCUCGUUUUCUUUUGCGUAUAAAGGGAUGUUAAGUUUUCAGUCUUCUGCGACUGCAUACUGACGGAAUGGAAUCGAGAACUUCAUUCUAUGUUCCAAAAA